AGAAAGUUGUUGCAAUGUAAAUCUCAGAUUUUUUAAGUGUUAUGCACAAAGGUGCUCGUGCACAUACAAUUUAUUUUAGUCAAAUUUUUUCUCUCGACAAGCACAGCCAAACGUGUAUAUUGUAUUAUUUUGAGGAAAAUAAACAUUGCAUCAAUAGCCUGCUCGUGAUCAAAGCUCUAACGGCGCUGCGCUCAUCGCGAUGCUCCUCCUCAUCAUCAUCAUCUCUGCACGCUUGCGAUUCGUUUUUCCCCAGUUGCAUGCAUUCAGUGUUUGUAAUAACCACUAUGAACGGUGCAUUUACACUUUAGUCUGGCAUGAAGUAGCCUACUGAGAAGAUAAGCGAACCUAGAAUACAUGUGCCAAUGUUUGCUGUUAGGAUGAUCAGCUGAUUUCUCAGCAAAGCACGAGAGCUGCGCUUCUACGUUUUUUUUUUUUAAUACGGGAUUUUCCCAACGGAAAAAUAUAUGACCGAAGCAACUCAUUUUAAUUUGUCAGAAAAUGCCCCAUGCUUUCCGAAUUUAUCACCGCUUAUUUUCAUCAGGUAGUUAAUUUGAAAUCCGAGCGACGAGGAGCACGCGCGUCCACUCGCAGUGAGCAUUUCGCAUCUACCGCCUGAUAUUUCCAUCCCCUCCAUUGUUACUUCAAAUCUAACGGAACCUCUACCAGAGCCGGUGUUUGAUUCUUAUCACAUGCAAAGACUGAUCUCGUCAGCUUGCGUAACAUAGAGGAAGAUUUCAUCCUGAGAGCAUCUAAUUUGCUCUUUGUGCACGCGCCGUUUUGAGGACUUGAUCAGCUCGGAGCUCCAUCAUUCAUCACUCAUUGAUUGCUCCAGUGAAGCUCUGAUUUCUCUGGUGUGCCCGAGGGAAAGAUUGAGAUGGAUUGGCGGUUGCAAGGAAUCCCCUGGAGAUGAGCAAAUGCACCCCGUCUGCUGCUUUGAACCAUUAUAUAUAGACGAACAGAGGCACCACAGACGACCACCCCCGUACAACACCAAUGACCUUCACCAUUGAUCCAUUUAUUGUUGUGUCUCAGAUUCUGUAAUGGAAAAUAGAGAUGAUGAAGGUGACCAGCAGCACAGCAGCACAGGGAGCGAGGGGGGCACGGCAGGGGACAGCACCCCUCCUCCCAAACGCAAGGGCAAGUUCUCUACCCUGGGUAAGAUCUUCAGACCCUGGAAGUGGAGGAAGAAGAAAAGCAGCGAGAAGUUUAAGGAAACUUCAGAAGUUUUGGAAAGAAAGAUGUCGAUGAGGAGGCCAAGACAGGAACUGAUCGAGCAGGGGGUGCUCAAGGAGCUUCCUGACAAUGAAUCUGGUGAGGCCCACGGCCACAAGACGCCUUAUGUGAAGAACGGUCACACUCUGCCUGUGGGAGGUGGUGGAGGUCUUGGGCUAGAGCAGAUACACUCGCCCUCUGAGUCUGAAUUUAGAGUCAACCCUGUCUGGCUGCCCCAGCCCGAUGACCGCAGAGGUCGUGCCCCUUCUGACGGGGAUCAUCGCGGAGCAUUGGGUCCCCGGGCCUCCAAUCAGGAUGAUGGCAGGAGAAGUGGUUGGUCUGUUGGGACAGAGGACUGGAAAUCUAAUCUGGCCUGGCAAGGGGAUGAUAUCCGACAUGGAGGAAGACUGCAUGCUGAAGUGGACAAGAGGCCUGGGCUAAUGAAAGCCCCCUCUGAGGAUGGACGCAGGACUCGCCCCGAAUCGGACUGGAAGCCAACGCUUCCUCGCCACUCGUCUGUCGAAGAGGCAAGGGCAAGACGAGAGUCUGACAGCAGUCAAUACAUUCCGAACUCCGAGGGUUUGAGGGACACACUGCGGGAACCUCUGCCCCCCAAGCAGUCCGUCAUGCCACCAAAAUGGCUGAUGACUUCCACAGCAGAACCUGGUGCUGACAGCUUGCCCCGCACUCCUGCCAACAACCCUGCAUCUGCUUUCUCCUCUUCCUCCUCCAACUCCUCCUCCUCCUCCUCAGCUGUCAGCACAGCUGGAAAACCGCUACGAAACGUGUCCUCGGCUGGCGCCAACACACAGGCCUCCAGCAGCACCCCCCUUACCACCUCUUCAGCACCAUCCUCUAUGGGCAACGUCCCAGCCCAGCCCACCAAACACCCCCCUAUCCCUCCACCCAAGCCAAUCAACCGCAGCAACCACCCCGCAAUGUUGGCCUCCACCUUGCAUGGAGGUGACGGCAGUGAUUUCCCUCUCUACUGGUCCUGUUGGAAGCGUGAGGGUGACCGUGACGUCUACCUGUCCCUGCCUGUCUACCUCUGCCGGCGGGCAGGAGGCAUGCACACAGCUGAACUCACACAAGGAGGCACCAACCUAGUACCGGCCAAGCCCUCGCCCCCCAUGCCCCCAAAAAGAACCACGCCUGUCACCAAACGCAAUGCAGAGGACUCCCCUCUGACCAUUUCCUCCCUUCCCUCCAUUCUGUCCGAGGACAUCAGGGCCAACAUCCCCGGGGGCUAUCAGUUGCCCUCUCUUCCACCAUCCCCACCUCUCCCCACACACACUCCCCCUUCCCCUCCACGGGCCCACACCCAUCAUCUCCUCCACCAACACUCCUACCCCUACCCCCUGCCCCAGCCACUCCCUGUCCACUUUGACCCCCCCAGCCCACCGGAGGAACCGCCAGCCCGUCAAGCCCCCAUUCCCUUACACAUUAUGAUCCAGAGGGCGCUCAGUAGCCCGGGACCCACUCUCCCACACCCAGAUGGCUCCCAGCGUGCCCACUCACUGCUGUUUGAGACACCACCGGAGUACCAGGGCAGCCGCCCACUGCCAGUCACCAUCCAGCCUCUCAAACUGGAUGAAGAUGACUAUUCUGAUGACGAUGAGGAGGAAGAGGACGACGAAGACGAUGAUGAAGAACCUCUACCUGUUCACCUCCCAUCCCCUCAGUCCCAGCCAGAUCUCGAGCCUCGAAGCCGCAGAUGCCUGGUGGGGGAUCUGAGCGUCAGCGUCAUCCCUGAAGGAAACAACAGCAGCGAGGAGGAGGAAGACGAGGAAGAUCAACGGCCGGAGGAGAGCGACUCGGAUGGGCCUGUGCUAUACAAGGAUGACGAAUCAGAUGAGGAUGAUGACGACGACAGCCCACCAAGUGCUCUGGCCAGCAGGGUGAAGAGGAAGGACACAUUGGCGCUGAAGUUGAGCAGUCGGCCCUCUGCCCCAGACAGGCAGGCUCCUGAGAGGCAGGCCAAAGUAGAGCACAUGGGUCUGUCGUGGCAGAGCAAGGAGCAGUGGGAGGCCAUCCGCACACAGAUUGGUACCGCACUCACACGGCGAUUGAGCCAGAGACCUUCUGCUGAGGAGUUGAAACAGAGAAACAUUCUCCAGCCCAAAAAUGAAGCAGACAGACAAGCGGAGGUCCGGGAGAUCAAGCGCAGACUCACCAGAAAGUUGAGUGAAAGACCGACUGUUGCCGAACUACAGGCUCGAAAAAUAUUACGUUUCCACGAGUACGUGGAGGUCACAUGCGCUCAGGACUAUGACCGCCGUGCUGACAAGCCAUGGACCAAACUCACUCCCGCAGACAAGGCUGCUAUUCGGAAAGAGCUCAACGAGUUUAAAAGCUCUGAGAUGGAAGUGCAUGAGGAAAGCAGAAUUUACACGAGAUUCCAUCGUCCUUAAUUGCAUCUUUUAACUGGAAAAUGAAGCACUUGAAGGCUGGUGGAUACUGGGAAGAAAUGGCUGUUUUUUUCGGGGGAGGGAGCCUCAGAGUGUCAGAGCUCCCUUCAGACUGCUUUUACUCUGAAUGUACUUCUUCAGAUGCACAGGGACGCCUGGAGCAUUCAGAAACAAAUCAGAAUAAACAAAACAGACCGUUUCUCAGUUGUCCACCCACUAUCGUGUGGGACGGGUGACCUCUGGGGGACAGAUGCAGUAUUUCUCCUGGACUUUAGGGGACCCAUGUGCCAAGACAGAGAGGCGAUGAAGGACUUAUUAGAGGAUGUCACUUGUGCCAAUGGCAGAUAUUCCUCUCUCUACUCUCUGAAAGUUACAAAUAAUAGUAAUAAUAAUGAUGUGACUAAUAAAUAUAGUAAUACUACAGUAAGUGUUAGUUACUGCGCGUAGCGGGGCAGACAGAAGUACUGCGAGAAGGCCUGAGCCUGAAUGUUAUUGUGUAUUUGUGUAUGUUUGUAUAGGCUGCUGUAAUUUUUCUCUUAGUUUGACUCUUUGGAACGUUCUAAAUAUUAGAAACUUUAAGGCACAAGUUUUUUUUUUUCUUUCUAUUAUUCAUAACUUUGGCUUUGACCCUCUUUAUUCAAGACAGGGUUACUGAUUCCACCUUACUUUGUGAUCCUCACUGUUUGAGAGGUCAUAGAGAAGAAUAGAAGAUAGGAUCCGUUUUUUAGAUAGAAUGUAAGCGUUUCAUGUUUCACUAUUGGUUUGCAGAAAAAAACUGUGAUCUAUUAUCUUUUACUAUUUUGUUUUUAAUCAUGUCACCGUCCAUAAAAAUGAGGUCCAGCUAUUUCAGUUUUAAGAAGUGUCCAAAUCAUGUUUACAAAAUCUUUUAUUUCUUAAUAAAAAGGAUUUCCUGAUUAUUUAUUGCCCAUUUAAAAGAAUGAAUUUAGUCCAGUCACGCACUGAUACAGGUUUAAAAAUGAAGUUUUUGAUAAGUGUUGUUGACACUGAGGUUAUUGCGGCAGGAAUUCUUCAUUUUUUCAAAUUAUUUUGUCUUUUUUUUUUUUUUUUGGCCAGUAGGAUAAUAUGAAUUGCUCUGCUGUACAGAUCCAUUCUGUAGAUGAAGCUGACUGUUUCUGUAUAUCUUGUCUUCCUUUUAUUUUGGAGAAUAUUUUAAAUAUAUUGAAACUCAUAUAGGUUACUAUUUUUUUAAGCACAAAAUUAUUAGUGUAUUAUUCAACACUACAAUGUAAUGUAGCGUUGUAUAUUCUUGCUUUUUAAUUAUAUGUGAACUUAGAAACUGACAGUAAAUUUGCUGUUUUGAUGUAAACACUUCUAAAUCUAAAUUAAAAUGCUUA